GAUUAGGAACGACGAAUCGACGAACGACACCUCAAUCGAAACCACCACUCGUCAUUGUGAAUUCUUCCGCCUGUCACAAUGGGUAUCUGGGACACUUUCACCGAUAUUGUCGAGGCUGUGACGCCAUGGAGCGUCGUUGAGGCCGAGGCUCCUGCUGAGGAGCCCCAGGAGGAGAACGAGUCCAAGACCGAGUCCAAGGACGAGCCCGAGGAGGAAGAGGCGGCCGAGGAGGAUGAGGAAGAAGAGGAGGAGGAUGAGGAUGACGAGGAGGAACUUGUCGACCAGAAGGAGACCCUCGAGGAAGAGUGCAAGAACGCUCCCCAAUGUGCCCCCGCCAAGCACCACUUUGACGAGUGUGUUGAGCGUGUUCAGCAGCAGGAGAGCGAGGGUGGUGCCAAGGAGGACUGUGUCGAAGAGUUCUUCCACCUUGCCCACUGUGCGACCGCUUGCGCCGCUCCCAAGCUCUGGUCCCAGCUCAAGUAAAUUCAUAUCAUGGGGUUACCGGUUCCAACGACGAUGGAAUGGCUACAUACACGUCGAAAAGAUACCUAGAGCCGGAACGAGGCAAUGCUAUCCAGUAUGGACGGAUGUUUCCUCGUACGAAUGCUCAUCUGUUGGGUGUCAAGUCGUCCAGAGGUUUUUCUGAUGUCGGCUCUCUCUGUACCAUACGCUCUUACGCCUGAAUAGAUUUCUUGCACUUUAUAUCUAGAACAUUGUUUGACUUUACGCCACUAGAUCUGGCGAGGGUGAAUUCGACUUGUUACAACACAUGAGUGGACUUGUAAUGGAGAAUUGCGUUUCUCUUUUCAUCGUUGUGUCUGUCCUUGGCAUUGGGGCGCUUGGCGUAUCGUUGGAUACCAAAAGAGUGUAUUGUAGGUAUUCUGGGCAAGCAAACGAUGCAUUGAAGCCUCGCCAUCAAUCACAUUUGUGA